UUGUUCAAAGAGUUGUCUGGAGUCAGUUCUUCUAAUAUGGACCUAUGUACACACAUGGUAAAGUUAGGGUAACCCAAUAUAGGUAAACCUUCGGGGUAGCUACCUUAAAGAACCGAACUCAAACACCCCAUUAUUCCUGUCUAAAGUCAGUUUAUUGCAGCUUGGGCAUUUUAGGGAGUGGUGGGGUGCUACAUAAAUGGAGGCACCGCUGGGAUUAAUUUAGUUUCAUAUUAGCUCUUGACCCAGACAACUAAAAAAUUAGCAAAGGGUGAUAAGCAAGAAGUUUCAUUAGGGAAUAAAUUAAGUCUGCUAAAUAUUCGCAGUUAAUAGGUUUAAGCUAAAAGAUAGAAAUAAGAUAACACGGUUUGCCACCUUAACUUAUCUUGGUGUUUAGUUUACACUUCAGUGUAGAUUUUUCUGAGUUCAGGUUAACUUACAUUAAAGCAUACUAGAGAAUCAAAAGCUCAGUUAAAAAGUAUAGUGACGGUACCAGACAUAUGGCACAAAUGACACAACUACGGCACUGGUGCAAAGGCGAAGGCAUUAACCCGUCACAUGCUGUCCUGGUCAAAGAUGUCCCAGAAGACACUGAAGUUGAUCUUGUUGAAAAAACUCUAUAGUCCAUAAAAGCUCUUGGGCGUGUUAGGGUCAGAGGAAGGAUGUAUGAUCCUCAGGGUCAAAGCCUAACUGUGCUAUGUGAGUGCAAAGAGGAAGUCAACACAAAAACCAUCCCUCCGAAUGUGUUACCUGAAGGCAGUGAUUUGCCAUGGAGGAUUUUUGGACCUGGCGAAGAGGAAAAUGUAUCCACUGAUACGCAAAGCACGACUAUUACGCCAGAGCAGCAACCAAUUCCUGGUAUGAGUUUUCCGCUCCAAGCGUCCACACCUGAAGCUAUUAUUAGAGCGGUGGGAGAUAUCAUGCAGAGAACCUCCAAGUCUGCCAGUGACAGUAGCUCAUUCCGAAGGUUGCGAACCUUCUCAGGAGUGAUCCCCACACCUUCUGGUGAAGAGCAGUUGGAUAACUGGAUAGAGCAAGCUCGACUAAUGAUAGAGGAGUGUGAUCGACCAGACCGAGAAAAGAGGAUGAAAAUAAUGGAGAGCGUGAAGGGCCCUGCACUAGAGAUCCUCCAAGCUGUUUGUUUCAACAACCCAGAGGCAACUCCUCACGACUACAUUGACGUGAUCGAGAAUACCUUUGGCACGCCUGAAACUGGUGAGGAGCUCUACUUUGCCUUUAGAAUGCUGUGUCAGCACCCACAUGAGAAGCUUUCAGCAUUUCUAAGACGGAUGGAGAAACUUCUGAAUAAAGUGAUACAGAAGGGAGGCUUGCCAUCUACUUCUGCAGAUAAGGCGCGGCUAGACCAACUCAUUAAAGGAGGCACCCGAGCUGACAUGAUGCUCAUAAACCUUAGACUACGGGAGCGAAGAGCUCGGCCACCCACAUUCCUACAGUUGUUAAGUGAGAUCCGCACUGAAGAGGAGUAUGAAGCUUCCCGGCACAAGUUGAACCCAACUAAACCGGUGCAUGUUAAGACUGUUAUGACACCAGCAGAAGCAGAAAUAAAAGAUCUCAGAGCUGAGGUACAAGAGUUAAAAUUACAAGUAACCGAGAUCACAGCCUGCUCGACCAUGCCAUCUUCUCAAUCCAAUGCCACAGAGUUUGUAGUUUCUCCCGAGGCAGAGGCCUCAAUGGAAGAUAAAGACAUACAAGCCUUAAAGAAGGAAGUAAAAAGACUGAGAAAGCAGGUCUCUAUCAUGUCAGUCAAACCAGCAACUGAGGCCUAUGAAGCCCGACCCAGUCAAGGUUUUCCAGCCAUUAACCAGCAGAAGAAAGGCUCAUUUCAAAGACCAUCAAGGGACUUUUUCUGCUACCGCUGUGGUGAAGAGGGGCAUGUAGCCACAAAAUGCAGUGCUCCAGAAAAUCACCAAAAAGUGAUACAAAAGUUGAUCAGGGCUCAACGACAACUGAGGGGAAGUCAGUUAAUAAAAAGUAUGACUACACCUGCAGCAGACACCCAUGAUGCCAACGUGAGGAAAAGUACAGCAAAUGUCCAGACUGAUCAUCUGCCUGAAGGACUAGUAGGGCCACCCUCCACCGCCUGUGUAAAAGUGGAGGGGAGACCAUGUACUGCUCUCCUAGAUAGCGGCUCACAAGUGACAAUUAUCUUUGACAGCUGGUACGCCAAGCAUCUGACACAUAUACCCAUCCAUCCAGUCAGUGGGCUCAAUCUAUGGGGGCUAAGUGAAGCAGAAAGCAGCUAUCCUUACAGAGGCUAUAUUCAAGUGAAGUUAGAGCUACCCAAGAAGAAACCUGGCAAAGUCAGGUCAGUUCCUGUUCUUGCUUUAGUGUGCCCAGAUCCUCGUUGUUCAGACAACAUUCCUGUCCUGGUUGGAAAAAGGUGAGACCGUUCACGUCCAACAAAGAAGUUGUGGAGACAACAGGUAACAUCUGGUCAG